AUGGAGAAAAUCGUAGGAAUGGAAAUAACAUGUGUCUUACAUCAGCAUGUCCUGAAUCUCAUUCUUGAACCAACACAUCCGCAAUAUCAGUUAUUUUUGACUGAGAUCAUGUGUACGAAUAUGGUGGAUCAUAGAGGAAGAGAUUGA